AUGAAAACAUUCGGUCUCAGUAACCCGAUAACAACCGUACCGGGAGGAGUAUAUCACGCCACAGCACCGACAAUAUCAAAAUACUGGAGAUGUGACAGGUUCAAGAGCGAGUUGCCGGAACACGAAAAGGGGGACGUAGAGAAAGUUGGUGAUUCUGGCGAAUGGAGUCCACCGCUGUGUGGGAUGCUUGCUGGUGGUGUAGAUUAUGGGUUCGAAUUAUAUAUUGGUGAGACAGCAAUGGUUGACCGUUUAGUAAAUAGUGAAGUAAAUACUCGCCGUAUUUUAAAUGUUGAGGCUUGUUUCGGAAGUACUGGUCAACAGUUGACAGCAUACGGACGCGUUUUGGUCGGUGAGGGAGUACUGGUGAAAAUGUGUAGGAAGAAACCUAAACCGCGCCAGUUUUUCCUUUUCAAUGAUAUUUUGGUGUAUGGCAAUAUUUUAAUCUCAAAAAAACGUUACAACAAACAGCAUGUAAUUCCACUGGAAGAGGUGCAGCUACAAGAUCUUGACGAUGAGGGAGACAUGAGGAAUGGUUGGCUCAUUAAAACAAGAUUGAAGUCAUUCGCUGUUUUCGCAGCAACGAGUACAGAGAAGAAGGAAUGGAUUUUACACAUUGAACGUUGCGUACAUGAUAUUCUUACCCGAGGUGGAAAAAAACCUGCAACUGAGCAUGCUGCAGUUUGGGUGCCUGAUGGUGAAGCGACUAAGUGCAUGGCUUGUCAAAGGACACAGUUUACCGUCAUACAGCGCAGGCAUCACUGUCGCGCUUGUGGUAAUGUCGUAUGUGGAACAUGUUCUUCACACAGUUAUCGUAUUCCUGUAAGUAAAAGGCCUGUUCGCGUUUGUGACAGUUGUUUUGCGAAAUUUGUUUCGAAGGAUUCUGGGCACUCAAAUGCAGUUACUUCUGGACCAGGCAUAUUAAACGAUGGGUCAAGUGAUUCUGAUGAUGAGGAUAAAAGUGUUACUUACGACCUACAGCCCACAUUCUACAGCAGAAUUGGAUGUGGUGAAGAGAAAAAAAAAUGCUCAUCCUUUGUGGAGUAG